CAAAACACAACACCUCACCUUCUCUUCUCUUCUCUUCUCUUAUCUUCUCUUUGAAAAUCAAAAUCAAUUUUUUCACAACCUGGCAGAAAUGGCUGCUGAAUCCAUAAUCAGUGAUACUGUUUCCAAAAUAUUGACGACACUGGGAUCUAAAGCUUACAAAACAAUAUGGUUUGCAAAGAACCUUGAGUCCCACAUCAACCAUCUACAAGACUUAAAAACCACUGUUGAAGCUACUCUUCUUGAUGCUGAUUUACUGGAGUCAUACACCAAUUCUCAACGAGUUGUCUUCAAUAAGCUUCGUUCUGCGCUUAUUGAGUUAGACGAUUUCUUGAAUGAGACCCAAACUAGAGCCCAGCUCAAAGAAGUUAUUCAUGGAAAUAAGUUCAUCAAAGCAGCACGUGUGUUCUUUUCUGAGUCAAACCAGCUCUAUUCUCCUUUGAGAGAUGCUCAUAAACUCAAAGCUAUCGUUGAGAGAUUUGAUGCCAUAGCCAAAAACCAUGCUCAGUUUGGCACCUUAACUGCCAAUCCCAAUCUUCCUGUACUGAAUCAGAACCGUUUAUGCAGUGUCCAGAUCAACGAUUUAGUCAUUGGAAGAGAUAAAGAAAGAGACAAGAUUGUCAGUGCUCUCUCUGAGGGCGCCAUGGUUUUAGAGAAACUCUCUGUAUCCUCCAUUGUUGGGAUUGGUGGAAUGGGUAAAACAACAUUGGCUCGGUAUGUUUAUAAUGAUGAGAGGGUGAAAAAUGUGUUUGAGGCUCAGUUUUGGGUUUCUGCCACCCAAGAUUUUAAUUUCAAUAAGGUGUUAGAGAAGAUAAUAAUAACUGGUGAUACAAGGGAAAAGCCCUUAGAUUGGGAUAUGGAGCAGCUCUAUCAUCACUUUCGUCGAGCAAUAGGUGGGAAGAAGUUUCUGCUUGUUCUGGAUAACAUGUGGGAUCAACAUUCUUUGAGGGAAAAAUGGGUUCGUUUGAGAAGCCUGCUAGAAUUGGGGGCUAGUGGGAGUCAGGUUCUACUUACUACACGUGAUACCAAAGUAUCCAAAUUGAUGGACUGCACCAACACUUAUGAGAUUGGGGAUUUAACCGGAGAUGAUUCUUGGCUUCUCUUUAACCGAAUAGCUUUUACAGGGCUACAAGAGCCAGGCGUGGAGGCGAUUGGAAAGGAAAUUGCAAGAAUGUGUAAGAAGGUUCCCCUUGUGAUAUGGAGUAUUGCUGGCCAUUUAGCAGAGAAACGUACGGUUCGAGAAUGGCAAGCCUUUAGAGAUGAUCAGCUUGCACAUUUCACAUCAUAUGGUCGUGGCAUCAUGCAAACUCUAAAGCUUAGCUAUGAUCAUCUUGAUGAGAAGUUGAAGCUUUGUGUUUGUUACUGCUCUUUAUUCCCAAAGGGAUUUUCUAUUGAUCAAGAAUAUUUGAUUUAUCUAUGGAUAGCUUUGGGAUAUAUUGAAUCACAGGACAAGAAUCAAAGCUUAGAAGAUGUUGGGAGAGAAUAUAUUUAUAGUUUGUUUGGUCGAGGAUUCUUUACCGUCGGAUAUGAUAGAAAAUCAUUGAUGAUGAAUGAUUUAGUACAUGAUCUUGUGGUUUGGAUUGUUGGAUAUAAGUAUAAGAUGGUAGAUGAAGAAACAAAUGAAAUCGAUGAAAGAGUCCAUCAUUUAUCAUUCCAUUUAUCCUUCAAUGAGGGACGUCAUUUUUCUCUCCCAUGGUCAAAAAUGAGACUCAAGUCUUUGAAAUCGUUCAUGCUUAGGAUAAAUGACACAUUAUUCGAGCAUACAACAAAUAUAAGGUUGGCUGUUGUUGAAGAUAAAUUAAUUACUAGGUUUCUCAGUUUAAGGGUACUGAGCCUAGGAGGGCUUGAUAUCAUUAAACUGCCAAGAUCUAUAGGUAAAUUAAGGUGCUUGAGUUACCUAGAUUUGUCACUUAAUUCUAUGCUUGAACUCCCAAGCUCAAUUAAGCACCUCAAGAACUUGCUCUAUCUUGAUCUAUCCCACUGUGUUUAUCUCCAAAAGUUGCCCACCGGCAUAUGCAAUUUGAUGAUGCUAAGAAACCUGAACUUACAUGGUUGCUAUUCUUUGACUCAUAUGCCCAUGGGAUUGGGAAAUUUGACAAAUCUUCGAACUUUAAGCAGGUUUGUGGCAGGGGAUGAGAGUUGGAUUGAUGGUGGUUAUUCUUAUUUGAUGGCCACCUUAGAAGAGCUGAAUCGUCUAAACAAUCUGAAUGGAGAAUUGUUUAUCGACUUGCAUGGAGGAUCAAAAUCUACAGUAUCUGAAGCGAUGAAAGCAGACCUAAAGAGGAAAGAGAGCCUUACAAGUAUUACAAUCUCGUUCGAAAAAAGCACAGAAGUUGUCGAGGAGAUGGUACUCGAAUGUCUAGUACCCAAUGCUAAUUUGAGAAAAUUUGAAGUGUGCAAUUACAAAGAAGAUAGACUACCAAAGUGGAUGAGGGAUGAACUUCACAUUUGGCUUCCAAAUCUCAUCUUAAUUACCCUAAAUCAAUUUAGUAGCUGCAAAUAUCUUUGCUCCUUUGGAAGACUCACCCAUCUUAAAAAAUUGGUACUGUUUGGCUUAGAUGAAGUAGAGUACAUAGAAAGCAUUAAUGAUAGUGUUAGUGAAGCUCAGCAAGAUUCUAAUCCAUUAUUCCCAAGCCUUGAUGAACUAGUGCUUAAAAAAAUGUCAAAAAUAAAGGGAAUGUGGAGAAUGUCAUCGUCAAGACAAAGUAUCCAGGUAGAAGAUCAAAACCAUCAUCUGGUUGAAUGGAACUCUGUAUCUGCAUUUCCCAAAUUGAAGACACUGGAAGUGGACAGUAUGAAUAUGGCAAUCACGAUUGCAAAGAGUUUGUCAAGGGGCUUUACUUCUCUUCAAAUACUCGUUCUACAUCCAUAUCCACAAGAAGCAUUCGUCCUCCAAAAUAACUUAUUUCCCUACCUUCGUGAAUUAAGAAUAUUGGAUUGCAAAUUUGAAAUUUUUCCUAAGGUGUUUUGUGAUUGCUCUACCAUAGAAAAACUACUUAUUAGUUGCUGCAAACAACUCCAAGCAUUACCAGAAUGGAUCGACAGCUUCACCUCUCUCACACAGAUUAAUAUAUUCUAUUGCCCAAGAUUGGAAAAUUUGCCGUAUCAGAUAAGUCGUUUGCCCAAAUUGCGGUUUCUUAGAAUUGUCAAAUGCUCGAACUUGCUUACGGAAAAGUGCCAACGUCCAACAGGGGAAUAUUGGCCCUUUAUUAGACAUAUUCAAUAUCAAGAUAUUUCUUAAUAUAUAUAUAUUAGAAUAAUAUCUUUUGAUUACUAGAAUAUUUUGUAUAAUCAAUAUGAUUAUGUAGAAUAUUAGGAGAAUAUUUAGUUUCCUAAAGUAUAAUUUGUAAUUUUGUAUAUAUUCCAUUACUCCUAAUGAGAAAGACAACCAAAUUAUUCUUUCAUGGUAUCAUUAGCCUA